GACAGUGCCGUGCGUGGUUUUUCUGUUAUCUCGAGUGUGAUACCGGCUGGAGAAACGCAGUAGCAAGAUAAUACGAGAGAAAGGGGUAGCUAGUAAUAGUGCCCAUACCUGGCCCUUCGUCGCCGAUAAGAAACCUGCAUCUUCUCUGGUACAUAUAAACCUAGCCGUUAAAUGUGGAAACAGGGCUAAGGAGAGAGCGACGCGAGGGAAGGCAACAACAAAUUCUAACUGGGGGUGUGAAGUAAGUUGCCUCCCAAGCGGCGCUUUAAAAGGAAGCAGAAGAUAAUUGACCUAAACAACAGAGAGAAUGGACUACGAUUUCAAAGUGAUGCUGACCGGUGAGCGAGAACGUGUCGAGGAUCUGUUUGAAUACGAGGGAUGCAAAGUGGGAAGAGGCACCUACGGUCAUGUAUACAAAGCAAAGAGAAAAGAUGGGUGAGUUGAUAAUCAGAGCCAGUAUGAAGGCCCUCAGGUCCGCGAGUCUCCCAAUAAAACAACUCGGUUUGUCUUGGUUGCUCCUGUUUAAGGCCCCCCCUCAGACAAACACCUAUUUGUAACUCGUAGUGCGGUGAAAUUUUUUAAGAACCAACUGAAUAAACUCAAUACGUCAUAGCACCUGGAGAACAGGGUCUUGAACUCCAUGACAAAGCUGAUUUGAGCACUGACAUCAGUGGCCCAGCACUAACAGUCGUGCAAUGUGUUCGCUAAAGCCAUCAGCUAAGCUUGCCAUUGUAGGAUGUAUUUCAAAUCAUAGUUUUAAAAGGGCGCCUGUGCUCGCGGAUGAAACGGAACAUAACGGGGGAUGUUGUAACAACAUCUUACGUUGGGUAUUGCAGCCAUUAAGCAAGUUUUGCUCUAAACAGAAUAAUGAGGAUAUUUUGGUAUCAAAUUAUGCCGUGUAAUUUUUUGCAUUUCGAGAUAUUCUAUUUUCGCAGUAAUAUGAACAAACUGCGUGAAGUAGGCCAGCCUCUGUGUGAUAGCAUAUUACAGACGCAGCCAAGCAAGCCAGAGGCAGGUGCAGUCGCGCGCAGGGGAUGUUUGGUCUGGCGGGUUGGAGGUGUCUGGAUCUGGAACGGUCUGGCUACACACAACAUGAUAAUAAUGGAUUUAUAUAAAGCAGUUUUUCCACUGGGUGCUUAAAGCACUUUACAUUGUAUUGAGGAAACUCACCUCCUCUACUAAUAGAAGGAAAGUGUUUAAAAUCUCAAUUGGAGGGACAUGAAAUGUACACAGGUAUUCUGCAUGGAUGAAUGAAGAGGCCCCCUUCAUAUAGAUGAGAUGGACACAAUAAUAAAAGUGAUCCUUCUAUUGACCUCUUCACUCAUGUCUUUUCUCCCUCGCGUGCAGUGUGGAAUAGAACAUGAUGCUGUUAUCUCAUGACCAAGUAAAAGGGUUAUUUCUGUUUUUAUAGAGGUGAUUUACUAUGGUCUAAUUAUUUGAGGCUACAGAAUGUUAUGAUUAUGAAGGUCUCUCUCUGCCAAUAAGAAGUGAGACAGUGGGUGUUAUUUUCCCUACUGUAAAACAACUAGGCUACAGCCUUUUAACCAUGGAGCUUAUGCAAUCACACCAAUUCUCAGGCCACUAUUUCAAAAUGGAGUAAAAGCGCUGUAAAACUUUCAAAUAAUGUUAUUCUAUACAUAGGCUAUUAGACUAAUGUAUGUAGACCAUGCCAAUAACCAGUGUCAUGCAUUUCAUAGGCUAAGUAGUCAUGUCCAAUAAAUUAUUCAAGAUACUGGAAUAUACCGGUUUUGAGCAAUCCCCAAAUUAGUUUGUUUUGCUAUUAUGGUUUAAUUACCUUGUGUUUUUAACUUUAUUGCAUAGGCCUAGUUUUAUAAAAAUAAGAUUUUAUUACAAUGAACAUUUUAGCCCAAACAUGUUAUAGUGUCAGGGGCUGAGACAAAAUCCACUGCAGAUGUAUCCAAGCAUUUAGACCAUAUCAUAGCCAUUUCAGCCAGGCAAUGUUGUUUAUUCCAGUUCUCCCAUUGUUUUAUAAGUGUAUUAACCUCUUCUUGCUCCCUUCCUUAAUAAAUGAUUACCAGUAAAAGUACUGGUUAGGUUUACACUGUACCAUAAUGGUAUUUUAUACAGUGGUCAUGAAGGAAAAGAGCCCAUUUCAGACUGCAGACACCCUGUCCUUCCCCAUCUGUCCCAGUCCAGCCCCAUCCUAGUCUGGUCUAGUCCAAUCCAUUCCUCCUGGCCCCAUCCUAGUCUGGUCUAGUUCAAUCCAUUCCUCCUGGCCCCAUCCUAGUCUGGUCUAGUCCAAUCCAUUCCUCCUGGCCCCACCCUAGUCUGGUCUAGUCCAAUCCAUUCCUCCUGGCCCCAUCCUAGUCUGGUCUAGUCCAAUCCAUUCCUCCUGGCCCCAUCCUAGUCUGGUCUAGUCCAAUCCAUUCCUCCUGGCCCCAUCCUAGUCUGGUCUAGUCCAAUCCAUUCCUCCUGGCCCCAUCCUAGUCUGGUCUAGUCCAAUCCAUUCCUCCUGGCCCCAUCCUAGUCUGGUCUAGUCCAAUCCAUUCCUCCUGGCCCCAUCCUAGUCUGGUCUAGUCCAAUCCAUUCCUCCUGGCCCCAUCCUAGUCUGGUCUAGUCCAAUCCAUUCCUCCUGGCCCCAUCCUAGUCUGGUCUAGUCCAAUCCAUUCCUCCUGGCCCCAUCCUAGUCUGGUCUAGUCCAAUCCAUUCCUCCUGGCCCCAUCCUAGUCUGGUCUAGUCCAAUCCAUUCCUCCUGGCCCCAUCCUAGUUUGGUGGUCUACUACAUUCCUGGCCCCAUCAUAGUCUGGUGGUCUAGUCCAUUCAUCCUGGCCCCAUCCUAGUCUGGUGGUCUACUCCAUUCCUCCUGGCCCCAUCCUAGUCUUGUGGUCUAGUCCAUUCAACCUGGUCCCAUCCUAGUCUGGUGGUCUAGUCCAUUCCUGAUCCCAUCCUAUUCUGGUGGUCUAGUCCGUUCCUGACCCCAUGCUAGUCCAACCCCAUCCAAUCCAGUCCAACCUCAUGAGGUGGAGUCCAGAUCAUCCAUGUCUGGUUUAAUCUAGUCCAGCCCAGAUCCUUGACUGUGACUGGACUUUGUUAUUGAACCUCAACCCUCAGGACACAAAUCAGACCCACCAAGCAGCGGGUCCAAAACAUGGCCAGACUCACUGGCGGCUGUAACCGUGUUUUAACCAGCCCUAAGUGUUCAAAGAUGUUUGUGUUUAUUGUAGGAGGCUGCUGUUUACGAGCCUCUCAUAUCCUAAUUUGUUCUCCUUGAGUUGAACAUGGCCCGAGGAGGCACAAAGAGCGGUUUAUGAGAUUAUUUGGGCCGGGUGGAGGGGGGGAGUUUGUACUAGUGAGGGACUAACCCAGCGUUUGUGUGUCCCUCGCCAGCUGCCGUAGUCUGUUUCCCCUCUACUGUAUUGGGUAUGGGGGUGAGCUUGAUUAUAUUACAUCAAUCUGGAGGUAAUUUAAGCAUCUUGCCCUCCUCUCACAGCCACUCCUGUACCACCAGCUGCCAGCUGGCCUCCUUCAUGUCUCAGUGUAGCAAGGCCCCAUGGUAACUGUAGUGAACUUGGGUUGAUGCUGUAUCUUUUUCUUUGUCUUCAGGAAGGAUGAUAAGGACUACGCCCUCAAGCAGAUUGAAGGCACUGGCAUCUCCAUGUCCGCCUGCAGAGAGAUUGCAGUAAGUGUGUUGUUUAGUUCAAGAGCAGACAUCCCAUAAUGUGUGUGUGAAUGAAUGUUUCUUCUUCUAGCUACUGCGGGAGCUGAAGCAUCCUAAUGUGAUCUCACUGCAGAAGGUGUUCCUGUCACACGCAGACCGCAAAGUCUGGCUGCUCUUUGACUACGCCGAGCAUGACCUCUGGGUAAGACACACACACAGGGUUGGGGAGUAACGGAUUAAAAAGAAACAAAGUGUAAUCAGUUACGUUACCAGCAAAACUAUAGUAAUCAGAUUACAGAUACUUUUGAAAAACUAGAUGAUUACUUCUAGGAUAACUUUUAAAAUGUUUGCCAAAAAAAACAUUAUGUUUCUGUUUUAUCAAUGACAUUUAAAUCAGCAUUAAAAAAAGGCGCAAAUUUAAGGUUGUUCUGCCUGAGCGAGUCUGACCACUAUGAUGAUACACCAAAUGCACUUGAUGGAUUGUGUUAAAAUAGCAGGAAUAGGCUUUUGUAGGCUACAGUCCAAGCUGCGACUGCUGUCGACAUCCAAAGAUUAUUCAACUUGAAUAUACGUUUGGAGGUAAGGACAACAGCGGUGUAGCCUACGGGUGAUACAGAUAUCACUAGGGUUGAUAUCUACAUAGCGCAUUGAUGUGAAUCAUACAGCUGCUCUCUCAUUUAGCUAUUUGCCCUUAUAGAUUGUGGAUGGCUAUUCACAAAUGUAUAUGUGUAUUUUAACCCAAGAAUGGUUGAACUGGAGUAGUUUAAGAUGUCUAUCAAUCUGUUUUUGCGACCAGUGAACAGCCAGUGAAAAUGUGCUCUUGCAACAGUUGCAUAGUGCGGAUCCAACCUAUGGAAUAUAAGUUUGAUGGAGUUCCUCCACUCUAAACUCCUCCUUGGUCUUGUGCUCCAUACUGUCACAAACUAGUUUAAUUUAAGAAGAAUACAAGUGGGGCUUUUAUUGCUCAAUCUAAUUUGUGUUGAUAAAAAAAAAAAUAAUCCAUAGGCGUAACGGACACAUGCUCAAACUCGCGCAUUUUUGAUAGACUUAAAUCGCUGCAAAUUAUCGAAAUAUCAAAGUGUCACCAACAAAAAGCGUAAACAAUAGGCCUAUAGCAGAUGCAGCAUAUGGCAUACAUCAGUAGUGUUCAAAGCAUGCCAUUCCAUGAGAGCAGCAUUUUUUUUACAACUGGAAGCAAUGAGCCCAAUCAGUCCUCCAUGACAACAAAAUCAUAAACAACAGAGUAGGCUAAUAAGUCAUUCGUUUUUGGGUUAUGCUCAGGUAAAACAAUUUGGCUAAUCUAUACUUCCAUAAUUCUAAAUCCUAUUCUUGAAGAUUGAGGGUUAUUACAUUAUUUGGAAUGACUGGAAAUCUGACAGACUUAGUUUUUUAAUGUAAAGAUGAAUCCUAAUCAUAUUAUCUGUAGUAGAAAGCAAUGGGUUAGAAGAAGCCUACAUAACAAACCCAUAAAGUAAAAUGCAACAUCCAUUUAUGGCCAGCUAUGUAAACUGUAACAUUGAUUUAUCCUGCAAUAGAUGUCAUUCAAUUGGUAAUAUUCAUUUUUGUCUUCUUCUAAAAGUAACUGAAAGUAAUCAGAUUACGUUGCUGAGUUCGGGUAAUCCAAAAGUUAAGUUACUGAUUACAAUUUUGGACAGGUAACUAGUAACUGGAAUGGAUUACAUUUAGAAAGUAACCUACCCUACACACACACCACGCAGACCCAAUCAUUUUCAUGAACACUCACAGAUUUAUAUCUGAUGCAUCCAUCCACCCUCUAAACACACACACAUACAAGUACACAUUUCUUUUUACAUUUACACACUUUUAUAAACAUUCAAAUAUUUUACCUCCACACUUCUUUAAAUCCAGGGAUGCAGACAGCACACACUAAUGAUGCCCCCUCUCUCCACAGCACAUCAUAAAGUUCCACAGGGCGUCCAAGGCUAACAAGAAGCCCCUGCAGCUGCCCAGGGGUAUGGUCAAGUCCCUGCUCUACCAGAUCCUGGACGGCAUCCAUUACCUACACGCUAACUGGGUCCUACACAGAGACCUGGUGAGGGAGGGGGGGAGAGGGUAGGGAGGGAAGGAGAGAGUGCAUCCAUUUCCUGCACGCCAACUUGGUCCUACACAGAGACCUGGCCCUUUUCUCAAUUGGAUUUGCUCAACUCCUCCGCCUUCUCUCGCCUCCUUUUGAAAAGGUAAAAGGUAAUCGAGGAGAGGCGCUGAGGGGAGGGAACGUGAACGAAAAUGUGCUUAUAUGAAAUUAGAUUCUCCUCUCUAUUCGUGCGUCAUCAGGCAAAUUACGUUUACAGGGGUGGAAUCCCAAAAUAUAUGUAACGUGAUAAAACAAAUGUAGCUAGUUCUGCAAGACAUUUUCUAGAUAAAAGGAUAAGUAGCAUAUCAUUUUAAAAUGUUUGCAUGCUUUUCUCCUCAGAGUAAGCAACAAGGGGGUGUGGCAGAUAUCAAAAGUAUUCUGUGAAGGACUCAGGUAGGAUACACAUGACCAUCCUCGAUGAAAGGAGGCUAUCGAGGAGGGGAGGACACUCUUCCGUUUGCCUACUAACAAAUUGACACUCCUCGACCAUUUAUCGGUUUCCGGGUCACGGAGGAGAGCGGACGGAGGACAGACUUUUGCCCAAAUGAGAAAAGGCCUUUGUAUGAGAAGGAGAGGAGGGGGGGAGAGAGAAAGAAGAGGGGGCAAUGGGGGGAGAGUGGGCAUCCAUUACCUGCACGCCAACUGGGUCCUACACAUAGACCUGGUGAGAGAGAGGGGGGGGGGGGGGGGGGGGGGGAGAGGAAGAAGAGGGGAGGAGAGAGCAGUGGGGAGGACGGGGAGAGGAAAAGAGGGAUGCAGGAAAUGGUACAGUGGCUUAGCACUGUGUGGUUGGGUACCCUGGUGGAGGAAAUGGAGGUGCCUGGCCUGCUUCUCUCCUGGAAGUAAUGUUCAUUGUUAUGCCACCAGAGGGCAGCAUUGACACUACCUGGACCAUUCAAAUGUGAUUCAGCAUUAAGGGGCCAAACUAAUCUUAAUUCCUCUCGGUUAAUAUGUAUCAGUGUGGGUAUUAGGAUAAUGGACGAAAAUAUUUGGGUGAUAUUAACUGUUAAUAUGUUUUUCCCCCAGAAACCUGCCAACAUCCUAGUGAUGGGGGAGGGGCCAGAGAGGGGUCGAGUAAAGAUCGGUACGACAGAGUGUUUUUUCUCAGCAUAAGGUUUAGUCAGUACAUAGAAUGGCUAUAGUUAAUUCACUGGUCAUUACACAUUAUUUGAACAUUAUACUACAUUAUCAUAUUAUUAUGUUGCUUAUUUAUUUAUUGUGUCUUGCUCUACAGCGGACAUGGGCUUUGCCCGCCUCUUUAACUCACCACUGAAGCCUUUAGCAGAUCUGGACCCUGUGGUGGUCACCUUCUGGUACAGGGCACCAGAGCUGCUGCUGGGGGCCAGGCACUACACCAAAGCCAUCGGUGAGAACAGCCACGGGGUGUGUGUGUGUACUGUGUACCAAGAGCUGAAGUUCUGAGCUAUCCUUCCACCAUCCUAGGAUAAAUACUGUUGUGUGUGUGUGUGCAUGUUUGUGCGAGCAUGUUCAAGUGGGUGGCUGUGCAUGGGCGUGGUUUAGAACACAGUGUGAUAUCCAGGGCUCUAUGCUGACAUUUUUUACAAGGAGCACAUGCUCCUAAGUUGAUAAAUGUAGGAGCACAUUAAGAAAUGUAGGUGCACAAUGACAAAUAUUAGAGGUAUUGAUAAUUUGCCAGCAAUUACUAAAUAUAAAAAUUAGUGGCACUGGUGGCCCAAAUAUUUAGGAGCAUAUGCGACCAAAAUGGUAGCACUGUUGAGCCCUGAUAUCUCUAAUCCUCCCUGUGCAUCUGUCAGACAUCUGGGCGAUUGGCUGCAUCUUUGCCGAGCUGUUGACGUCUGAGCCCAUCUUCCACUGUCGCCAAGAGGACAUCAAGACCAGUAACCCCUACCACCACGACCAGCUGGACCGCAUCUUCAACGUCAUGGGCUUCCCCGCUGGUGAGAGAGCUGGGCUGGGGCUGGGGCUGGGGCUGUGGCUGGGACUGGCCUCCUAUAGAACCACCACACAUAGGCCACGAAACCACCAUGUAGAGGCCAAGAAUACUUCAAAACUGGCUCUGGAUAUAGAGGGUUGCCCGUGAGUGCUGGGUACUCUCAUAACUUAUCAGGACACGCCUAUGUGCAUUGAAAUGGUUGCUCGUAUGUGUUAAAUUAUUCACCUUGUUCCAACCGAAUACCCAUACGUGCGUUCUAAAUAGUUGGCUUUUUGGGUAUGCAAAAAUAUAACGUUUUAUAGUAUAGUAAUGCUUUAAAUGGCAGGAUUUCAUAUUAAUUUAGGCUUUUCAUCAAGUAGAAUUCGCUGCACACUAUUGAGGAAGAGCAUCGUCUUUUCAUACUCGCAUCUUUUUCACACUCUGAUAAUCAGAAUAGGGGAUGCGCUCUACCAAAAUGAACGAAUGGCUGGGAACAAGCACGAUUGCGCAUUAGAUGACGACUUCUCAGCAUGGAUCAACCUAGUAUGUUGAUAUUUGUUACUUGCUGCAUACGUUUUUACUAAACAGUAUGUUCUAAAUAGUAUGUAGACUUAUUAGUACACAAUAUGUACUUUUAGUAAGUAGGAGGCAAGACAGAUUUCGGACAUGUGUAAUUGAACCUGCCUGGCAAAUAGUGAUAUAAUACUGAAUGACGAGUGUACUUAAACCAUGACUAGGCACAGUUCUAUUCUGGCCUGGCUUGUAUGAGCCCAAAGCAAUCUAUCUGUCCUGUACAAGCACUAACUGACAGUCUGAUGAUGUAAUCCUCAGAGAAGGACUGGGAAGACAUAAAGAAGAUGCCAGAGCACUCCACUCUGAUGAAAGACUUCAGAAGGAACACGUGAGUGGCUUUUUGUCUGCCUGCAUGCUUCCUGCCAGCUCUGAACAAGAUCAUUUUUAGGAUUUUAAUAUUGGAUUCGUCUUCCCAUCCACUAGAAAUAACAUGUUGUAUCACAGGUAUACAAACUGAAAUAACAUGUUGUAUCACAGGUAUACAAACUGAAAUAACAUGUUGUAUCACAGGUAUACAAACUGCAGCCUUAUAAAAUACAUGGAGAAGCACAAAGUCAAACCAGACAGCAAAGCAUUCCAUUUGGUGAGUUGAAAUUAGUUUUCUCAGUCUAAUGUUGCCUGAACGUUGUUGUUGUUACAUAGCAUUGUUCAGUCUGACGUUGUAUGAAAGUUCAGUGUUUUACUCGUGGUGUGUCUAACGUUGUGUGAACGUUGUGUGUAGCUCCAGAAGCUGCUGACCAUGGACCCGAUCCGCAGGAUCACAUCUGAGCAGGCCAUGCAGGACCCUUACUUCCUGGAGGAACCACUGCCUACCUCAGAGUGAGUCAGGACCCUAAUACAACUUUAGAACACAUUUAUUACUACAUGUAUUACAACAUUAUAACACUUACUACAUGUAGUACAACAUUUAUAACACAUGUAUAACUAUGCUGGAAAAAAAUAUAAACGCAACAUGUAAAGUGUUGGUCCCAUGUUUCAUGAGCUGAUCCCAGAACAUUUUCAUAUGCACAAAAAGCUUAAUUCUCUCAAAUUUCGUGCACAAAUGUGUUUAAAUCUUUGUUAGUGAGCAUUUCGCCUUUGCCAAGAUAAUCCAUCCACCUGACAGGUGUGGCAUAUCAGGAAGCGGAUUAAACAGCAUGAUCAUUACACAGGUGCACCUUGUGCUGGGGACAAUAAACGGCCACUCUAAAAUGUGCAGUUUUGUCACACAGCACAAUGCCACAGAUGUCUCAAGUUUUGAGGGAGCGUGCAGUUGGCGUUCUGACUGCAGGAAUGUCCACCAGAGCUGUUGCCAGAGAAUUGAAUGUUCAUUUCUCUACCAUAAGCCGCCUCUAAAGUCCAACCGGCCUCAUAACCGCAGACCAUGUGUAACCACGCCAGCCCAGGACCUCCACAUCCGGCUUCUUCACCUGCGGGGUCGUCUUGAGACCAGCCGCCCUGACAGUUGAUGAAACUGAGGAGUAUUUCUGUCAGCAAUAAAGCCCUUUUGUGUGGAACAACUAUUUCUGGCAACGCCCCUGCCCAGUCAUGUAUAUUUUUGUUCAGUAUAUAUUAAAACGACUAACACAUGUAUUACUACAUUACAACAUAAUACAUGUAUUACUAUAUUAAAACAACUAAUGCAUUAUUACUGCAUGUAUUACAACAAAGCACAUGACUACAUAUAUCACAUUAUUACUACAUGUCUAGAGUGAUGUGGGGGUAUAGCCUGUAAGAUAAGUGGUGUGCUUGUGUCAGUGUGUUUGCAGGCUGCCAGAUACCAUACCCCAAGAGGGAGUUCCUGACAGAGGAGGAGCCAGAGGACAAGGCAGAGAAAGUCAGAAAUGUGUGUGCCUCAUAUCUUUACAUUUGGGUCAAAAUAUAUAGGAUUACAUUUAAGUGUGUUUUUGCGUGCGUUUGUUUGUGUGUGUUUAGUCAACUAUAGAGUAAAGGUUUAAAGGGAACAUUUUGAGUGUAUUUGAUGAAGGCUUGGGUGUUGUUGUUUAAUAUUCCAGAAGAACCAGCAGCAGGGGAACAACCACACCAAUGGGGCGGGGCACACCGGUAACCCUGACAACAGCCACGCCCAGGGCCCGCCCCUAAAGAAGGUGCGAGUGGUUCCGCCCGUCACUACCUCAAGUGGCCUCAUUAUGACCUCAGACUACCAGGUAGGGUAGUCUCACACACACACAUGCACAAUUGCACACAUACAUACCUACAUACAUACAUACAAAGCAGUUACUAUAUAGCAUAGCAAUACCAUAUUGAUAGCAUGAUUUUGCUGUAAAUAAAGAGUCUGAUUAGUUACCUCAUCUCUGUAUCUCUCGCUCAGCGCUCCAAUCCGCAUGCUGCCUACCAGAACCCCGGACCAAGCACAUCACUGCCCCAAAGCAGCAUCGGAUACUCCUCUACCUCCCAGCAGCCCCCACAGUACUCACACCAGACCCACCGUUACUGACCCCGACCCAGCCCUCGCCAGGCCCACUAGGGGGAAUGUACUGAGGGAGGUGGGUGUGUCCAUGGCAAUAGCCUCCCCUUCCCCACCGGUCCACCCUCACUGCAGCAGUCCGUUAGCCCAGUAUGAAAUACAAUGAGCCCAUCCUGAAAAUAACACGGCAGAACAUGACUUCAACCAUGAGCAACACAUAGACUAAACCGCAAAACUAGAGGAAGAUAAAGAUGGAGGAGAACAGAUGCUGUUAGUUUCCUUUGUUCCUCUCAUGGUCGCUGUGUCUGACCAUUCAAAAGUUAACCUUCAGAACUGGUACUGAACAAAAGCCACAACAAGACAAGCAAACAGAAGAUGGCUUCAUUUUAAGUAAAGGCCACCCAGGGUCUUACCCUCCUCACCUCACCACCUCCAACAAAGCUCUCCCCCUUUCCAGCCGGAUCCCCUCUUCCCGUUGAAGCUUCGAUGAGACUAAAGCUGCUAUGUGACUGCCAGCAUCGACAGAGUACAUUCCCCUCUGUCCUCAUGUCUGUCUACAUCUGUCUGUCCGCCCUUCCGAGGGCGUCUUCGCUGGGGACUGAACUGAGCUGCUGACAGGAGCAUGCUGGGAGUUUGUGGGCCCCAUCCACAGCUCUUGUUGAGGGCGUUAUUGAGACAAAAACAAACAAAAAAACAAAAUAAUAAGAAAAAAAACUUGAUAUUAGUAGUUUAUAAUUGAAUGAGUUUUCCUUGGUUUUGUUUUCACUGACUGUAUAAAAAACAGUGGCGAAGCAGCUUCCGUUGGGCUGAGAGAGAGCAGCCGUUUUUAUCGCUGUGGGCAAAACCUUAGAACUUCAUAAUGACAAAACCAACCAAUCGUGUGGAGGACAGCAUAUGGAACAUGCAUUGUACUGUAUUGUAUUUAAAUAUUUUACAUGAAGCAAGUAUCCUGACAAUAAAAAGUGAAAACGUUAACA